AGGACAAACCCGCGAAAGCAACAGCCUGAAUCUGGUAGCCGUUCCAUUGAAGCUUCUUCCAUUUUUUUCCUUUUGCUUCCAAUUUCUCAACCCUUUUCCCCAAAUAUCCUAAUCCCGUCCCACCUCAAGCAAUCCCCACACCACCGCUGAAGUCAAACCGGAACGUUUUUUUCAACCCCCACAUUUCCCUUUUUCCUAAUUUCAUUCAUCUUCAUCACCCCCUUCUAAUUGCAAUUGCAGGUAUUAAUUGAUCUAAUCCUUACUUUUUACCUGCAAAUUUCAGUGGCAGCAUGAGGCCGGGAGCUCAGAGCAUGGGAGAAUGUUCAAGUUCUACUUCAUUGAGCUCUCACCUGGACACUGACGAUGAUCGCAUGAUUGCUGUUGCAUUAUCGGAAGAGUAUGCUAAGUUAGAUGGUGCCGUUGCCAGACGCCUCUCCAACCUUGCCCCUAUUGCUCAUACUCCAAGGAUAAAUUUGUAUAUCCCCAACCAAAGUGAUGCCAGUUUGGAAUAUCAAAGGCUUCUUCAGAGGCUAAAUGUCUAUGGUUUGCAUGAAGUGAAGGUCUCUGGUGACGGAAAUUGUCAGUUUCGAGCACUUUCAGAUCAGAUGUACAAAUCACCUGAAUAUCACAAGCACGUGCGGAAAGACAUUGUAAAGCAGCUAAAGGACCACCGUUCUCUGUACGAAGGUUAUGUUCCAAUGAAGUUCAGUCGUUAUUACAAGAAAAUGGCAAAAUCUGGCGAAUGGGGGGACCAUGUAACCCUACAAGCAGCAGCUGAUAAGUUUGCAGCAAAGAUUUGCCUCCUGACGUCAUUCAGAGAUACUUGUUUCAUUGAAAUUGUUCCACAAUGUCAAACUCCAAAGCGUGAGCUCUGGUUAAGUUUCUGGUCUGAGGUUCACUACAAUUCACUUUAUGAAAUCCAAGACGCUCCAGUUCAACAAAAGCCAAGAAGAAAACAUUGGUUGUUCUAGGAAAACGGAUUGUUGUGAGUAUAGAUAGCAUCCUAGAUAUUUGAGUAUACUACAUUGCAAAAUUCUUAUUUUUUUAAAAGAAAAGAAAAAGAAAUUAUAUGAUUGUUAUAUAUAUAUUUCUUUUAAGUGUAUGUAAAUAGUUCAUUAUACAUAUAUUGGCUUGUAUUACUGCACUUAUGGAUCCAGUGAACUCUAUAAUAGAAUUAUAGUCUCAUGAUGAACUCAAAGAGUAGACUCUGGUGCAACUGUUCAAGUAGCAUAACUGAAUUCAGUUUAGCAUAUCCUACAGAGCAAGAAAUAUUUUAUUUGUAUUCAUGAAAUCUCAAACUUGACUCAAUUUUUGGUACUUUAUCACUCUCAUAGUUUUGUGGCAUAUAUAUUUAUUGGGUGAUGGGUAAUGGGUAAUGGGUAAUGGGUAAAGGAAAAUGGUUUUGGUGUUCUCAUUACAAAUUAAUAAGGGAAAAAUUAAGCAGAAAUGCAGAAAACAACCUAGAAAUGAGGUAAGCUCAGAGAGAGCAAACCAAUCCUGCUCAUUUCCAGUUGUUGGCAACAAUGUCAGCCAAAUCAACAAC